AUUUUUAAUUAAGGAAAGAGUAAAAAAAUUAAAAUAACUAAAUUAGUAAGUAAAAUGACUAAGAAUGUUAGGAAUAUCGUAUUUUUCGUUCUUGUGUUUACUUGCUUGCAAUAAAGUGUUAUCUGUUUGAAGUAAAUACAGCUCAUUCUGAAAUUCGAAGACGCCAUAAAUUUACAGACUACCAGCUUUAUCCAGCCAUAAUGUGAAACUGAAGUUAAAAUAUCUUAAACAUUAAAUUAAUUAGAUGAAUGGGUUCGCAUUACACAAAGCACAGACUCCCUUUAGCAGUAUAAAUAAACAUUAAUUGAUUUAGCUGACACAAUUUAAUAAUCAUAGAGAUAUGUUGAAUAAAAAGAUAAUCAAACAUAAUUAACUGAUUCGGUUUCAGAAAUUUAAAUGAAUAAUGGAAAUUCUAAUGUAGAUUUAACUCUUGAUGAAUUGACUGAAAGACUUUCAAGAAUAGAAAAUAUUUAGACCUAUCUUGAUACUUUGUAAGAAGAGGGGUUUUAAGAUUAUAAUGAUUAUGGAAAAGUAUUAAAUUCUCUUAGAUCUUUUAUUCAAGAUAUAGAUAAUUUGGAAAAUGUGUAGGAUGAGUUAAGCUAAAAUAGAUUCAAAUUAAUAUAAAAAGCUGACGAAGUAUAAUAAAUAUACAAUAAAUGUUAUCCAGAAGAAAUAAAAGAUACUUUUUCAGAAUAAGAAUCAGGAUCGACUAUUUUAAUUGAUAAUGCUGAGGAUGAAUUUAGUAUAUAAGGUUAAACUGAAUCUAUUACAAACUAAAGUUUAUCAUAAGAUGAUGUUCCUAAAAAUGAGUUAAAUUAUCAAGACUAGGAUGAUUAAAAUCUGGAAGUAUUUGAUUAAGAAGAUAUUUAAAUGCUGUCAGAUGGUAUCUAAGAAUAAAUCUAACAAGAAAAGGAAGAAAAAGAAGUUAGUUAAGAGUUAGAACAGAUUGAAAUUAUAGCUGAUUAGAUUUCAGAUUAAGAUUAAGAAUCAGAAGAGCAAGAAGAAAAAGUAUUACUUUAAGCAUAAAUUAGAGAUCCUCAUUUAAGAUAACUUAAAAAAGCUAAAUAUUAAAGAAAGUGA